CUCUUUUGCCGGCGAAUUUUGGAACUCCGGCAACUACAUUCUCUAACGUACACAGAAUUUUCUGUUUCUUAUAAUUUAAAAAGUUGUUUGAAGUUUUGUUUUUUUUUUGUUUGUUUAAAUGGCUGAAGCUGAAGAAAAUAGAGAGAAGAGGUGUUUUUCUAGUAUGCAGAUGGAUGUUUUUUCGAGAGAUCUGUUGCAUAAAUUUAUGAAUGGAAACAACAAAAAAAUUCAUGAAAUUCCUAAUGAGGAAGAUGAUUUGGAGCUGAGUUUGGGGCUUUCAUUGAAUGGAAGAUUUGGGGUAGACCCAGAAAGGGCUAAGAGACUAAAACGGUCUUCUUCAAUUUCUAACUUUAUGUUUUCCGGCGGGGAUGAGAGUAAUGGGCGUUGUUCAUUCUCUGUUGGUUCGAUUACGAGGACUUGUUCGUUGCCUGUUGAGGGUGAGGAGGAGUGCAGAAAAAGGAAGGAGUUGCAAUCUCUGAGGCGUUUGGAGGCUAAAAGGAAGAGAAUGGAGAAAUUACAGAAUGUUAGAGUGGUGAAGGAUAAGGUUGAUUUAGACGAACGUCCUGAAGAAAAUGGUGGUCCAGUUGGGAAUUCAUUGCCUGUGUCACAAGGGUCUAUGGCUUCUCAGGGAAGUGGUUCUUCAGGAAUUUCUGAUUUUGGGAGUCAACCCAUUCAAGGGCCAGGUGACAACAGUACUGGGGGUAAUACUCCGGCUAGCAUGAAGCCUUCAGAGCAUGAACGGAAACAGGUAGCUAAACCACCUAAAAUCACAAGCGAAAAACCACCUAGCACAUGUGAUGGAAAUGCUAGCAAGGAAGCAAAAGAAAUGUUGAAAAACUACAUGCUCAACAUGCCUUGUGUUUCCACAAUGGGCAAUGGGCCAAAUGGUAAGAAGAUCGAAGGAUUUCUGUAUAGGUAUCAGAAGGGAGAGGAAGUGAAAAUAAUGUGCGUUUGUCAUGGCAACUUUCUGUCGCCAGCUGAGUUUGUGAAGCAUGCUGGUGGCGGUGACGUUGCAAAUCCGUUGAAGCAAAUUGUCGUCAAUCCUUCACCUCUAUUGAGAUGAUGCCAGCGGAAUUCUAUAAUGGCGCUUGACACAGAAAAGGGGCAAAGCUUCAAGAAUUCAGCUUUGCUAUCAUCGUUCAUCUUCUUUUGUAACAUGGACCAAGGUUCUUUUUUAUUUUUCACUAGAUAGUAGUUUUUUGCGGAAUAUUGCAUAAUCAAUGGGCAAGUUUAUCCCCUUUCUGUGGGGAAAAAAAGUUUAAGAA